GAUAUACGGAUGCAUUCAAAGAAACCUUCGCUGAUGGCAAGGCUCUUGCCUUGUGGGGGAAUGCCGAAACCAAGGACUGUGGCAUUGCAACCAAGCAACGCUGGAUCGAGCAGGGGAAGGAGGAAAGGAAGCCAGGGGCAAAGGUUGGCUCUUUCUUUGUGAUGGAGAGACGUCAAGCCACAAUCAGGCUGAGCGGCCACAGAGCAAAAUUUGCCUAA